GCCCCCGAAAAGCCUGUUGACUACAGCAGUCAUAAAUUAAUCAAGAUAUUUCCCAAAAAUGUCAAACAGUUGGUCGACCUUCGUCGAUUUGGUUCCGACUUUAAGAUGGACUACUGGAACGCCCCGAUGCCAGACAUGCGUCCGGUGCUAACGCUAGUGCCGGGCGAGAAGAUCGGCGCCGAAUUUCUGGUGGCGCUCAAUAAGUCUCGCAUCGGGUUUGAAGUGACGGCCGAUAACUUCCAGAAGAUGUUGAACGCCGAGAGGGACGAGAAUAGCAGGAAUUUGCGGCGAUUCCGCUCUUUCUUCGACUAUCAGUCCACUUAUCACAGCUAUGACGAGAUUAUUGCCGAAUUACAACGAGUUAGCACUAAUAACUCUAAAGUGGUGUAUAAUAGUAUGGGAAAGUCAUACGAAGGCCGACAGAUACCAUUCCUCACCAUAACUAACACCGAUGUUAAAGAGCCCAAAAAGACUAUAGUGUUUGAGUGCGGUAUUCACGCUCGUGAAUGGGUACGUGUGUCGACGGCCACGUGUCUAUGGAUGGCCAAUACACUGAUCACGGACUCCAUCAAUGAAGAGUUGCUCAAAAAGUUUGAGUUUAUAGUUAUUCCCAGUUUGAAUCCGGACGGAUAUGUGUACAGCCAUACAGUGAAUCGCAUGUGGCGUAAGACACGAUCGCCACAAAGAGGCGGUCAGAGAGGCGCUGAUCCUAAUAGAAAUUUUGAUUCGCACUUCGGACAGGCGGGUACUCAACUGGACCCGAGCGGUGAGGCGUAUCCGGGGGUCAAGCCAUUCAGUGAGGUGGAGACCAAAGCGCUGGCCAAUCUGGUGCUGUCCAAACGUGGUCAAAUCGCCGCAUACUUUGCCAUCCACUCGUUCAGUCAGCUCUGGAUGUAUCCGUACGGUUACACGUCUGUCCCGCCGCCCAAUUACGCCCAACUCGAGCGCUUGUCCACCCGAGCCGUCGACGCCAUUCGGGCCACAAGUGGUCUAGUAUUCAAUAAGGGAACCAUUGCUCGCACUAUAUACAAAGCAUCGGGCAGCAGUAUCGACUGGGCCUACGAUAGCGCAGGUUGCAAAGUAGUGUUUGCUCUCGAAUUGAGAGAUAAAGGCCAAUAUGGUUUUAUUUUACCACCAAGCCAAAUACGCUCGGCUGCUACAGAGACCUGGGCCGGCAUAAAAGCGGUACUUGGUGAACUAUGA